GUUUAGCUAUGGGGCAGCAUGAAUUUGGCUGAACAGAAUGCUGGAUAUUGUAUGAGGUGAAAAGACGAAGAAUGUGUCAAUAAUAACAGAAUAAAGGGGAGUGACAGUCAGUGUUGUUGUAUUACCUUGUUAAAUAAAGCCACGUUUAUACAUGCAUUUUCAUAAAGUCCAUAUUAAUGGAAUUUACAAUUGGCAAAAGAUUCACCGGCCAUCUUCAUGUUCAAGUGUUUUCGGUAAAAAUGCCACCAAUAAGGCGUCAAGAAUGGAGAUGCUAUAUUUUUUUUUUUAAAAUGCACGAAUAAAAUUAUAAAGGAAUGACAUGGUUAAUUAAAUAAAUCAGCCAAAAUGAAUAAUUAUAGCUGUAGCAGAGCAGUAGUAAUCGACAAUGGUUCCCAUGAAUGUAAAGCAGGAUUUGCUGGCGAAACCACUCCUAAAGCUGUUAUACCUACCUGUACCGGUAACCAGUCAUCAAAGGCGAUUCUGGUGGGUAUGGGCCACAAAGAUAGCUACAUAGGGGAUGAAGCUCAGAGUAAAAGGGGAAUAUUAUCUUUAAAGUAUCCAGUAGAACGUGGAAUAGUUAAGAAUUGGGAUGAUAUGGAGAAAAUUUGGCAUUAUAUAUUUUAUAAUGAAUUAAGGGUGGCACCAGAGGAACAGCCUGUUUUAUUAACUGAAGCACCACUUAAUCCUAAAGCAAACAGAGAAUUAAUGACACAGAUAAUGUUCGAAAAUUUACAAUCUCCAGCUCUUUAUAUUGGUUUACCGGCUGUUCUGUCCUUUUAUACUUCUGGUCGAUCAACAGGGAUGAUGUUUGAUUCCGGAGAUGGGGUUUCCUAUGUUGUGCCCAUUUAUGAAGGAUAUGCAAUAAAACACGCAAUAAAACGAAUAGACUUAGCUGGUAGAGACCUAACAACUUACUUACAGAGUAUUUUACGCAUUGGUGGAAAUAUUUUAACUUCUGAAAACGACAGAGAAAUUGUUAGGGAUUUGAAAGAAAAGGUUUGUUGUGUAGCUCUUAUGUACGAAAAAGAAAUGAUUACAUUCACACAAAAUAGAAGUUACGAACUACCAGACGGAUCCAAUAUCUAUAUUGGUAAUGAAAGAAUUAGAUGUCCAGAACUUUUAUUUCAACCCUCUUUUAUAGGAAGAUCAGAAAAGGGUAUACAUAAAAUGGUUCAUGAAUCAAUUCAAAAUUGUGAUUUAGACGUUAGAAGAGAUCUGUACAAAAACAUUUUGAUGAUUGGUGGCACAUCUAUGUUUUCUGGUGUAUGCGGAAGAAUGAAAAGAGAACUUAUAAAACUUUUACCACAGUCAGUUAAUGUGAAUGUAAUAUCAGAUCCUCAAGGAAAACACUCGGCUUGGCAAGGAGGGUCAAUCCUGGCAUCAUCAUUAUCUUUUAUGGAGCGGUGUGUUUCAAAAGCAGAAUAUGAAGAAUUCGGACCUAAUAUUGUUCACAAAAAGUUUCUUUAAAUCAUGUAGAGAUAGAAAACAUUUCCACAGUUCUUUCAUUUUCAAAGUGAGAAAGGGGUCACCUUUUUGAAUCUGUGGGUCCCUGUUAUUACGUUAGUUUUUUUUGUUCUAUUAAAACGUGUUAUAAAUGUU